AUGCGAAAAAGGCAGCAGACACAGAAUGAAGGAACGCCUGCUGUGUCUCAAGCGCCCGGAAACCAGAGGCCCAACAACACGUGUUGCUUUUGCUGGUGCUGUUGCUGCAGUUGCUCCUGCCUCACUGUUAGGAAUGAAGAAAGAGGGGAUAGUGCUGGACGACCGACGCAAACCACCAAGAUGGAGAGCAUCCAGGUCAUAGAGGAAUGCCAGAACCCAACGGCAGACGAGGUCCUGUCCUGGGCACAGAACUUCGACAAGAUGAUGAAGGCGCCCGCAGGCCGGAACCUGUUCCGGGAGUUCCUGCGCACGGAGUACAGCGAGGAGAACCUGCUCUUCUGGCUCGCCUGCGAGGACCUGAAGAAAGAGCAGAACAAGAAGGUGAUUGAGGAGAAGGCCAGGAUCAUCUAUGAGGAUUACAUCUCCAUUCUGUCCCCGAAAGAGGUCAGUCUUGAUUCUCGAGUCAGAGAGGUCAUCAACCGAAACCUCCUGGAUCCCAACCCGCACAUGUAUGAAGAUGCCCAGCUCCAGAUCUACACUCUAAUGCACAGAGAUUCCUUCCCGAGGUUCUUGAACUCUCAGAUUUAUAAAUCACUUGUUGAAAGUACUGCUGCUGGCUCUGCUGCUGAGUCUUAA